GGCGGACCGCCCAAGAGGCACCAGCUUGUCAACCUUGAUAGGGAAGAUAUCGACCCUCAGCGAAUCGAAGAGGCAUGCCAGGCCAGAAUGGCAAUCCUCGAUCGAGACCUAGCGGGCAACAAAAUUUCGCAAGCCGCACACGACUUGGAUCGUACCGACGUCGAUAAGUUCCGCGUCCUCAUGGAAAAGUCGAAUCCCCAGGCUGUUAAAGGAGCUGUUAGCGAAGCGAAAAAUCUUCAAGACACGAAGAGGAAGUUAGAAGCUGCAUACGCAUCUGAGCUUGAGAUACCGUCUCUCGUCGACCGUGCGAGGUACGCUGGAUUGCUUGACGGCGAUCCGGUUGCUAAUGCACUUGGUCAAGCU